AUGCCUAAAGAACACUUGAAGCUCUGGCGAAACGUUACACCACCAACAACACUGGAUGAAAAUAUCUCCGAAAGUACCCCAAACGUCAUCAUGAAGCUUGAAAAAUCUAAAGUCCCACCCCCGUCUCUGACAUCACUUUUAACGACAAAAUUUUCGACAACGUAUAACAAAUGCUCCGAUACAAUCAAUUUUUCAACAUUCAUCUCAAAGAGAGUACUGACGUUUCCAUCAACACCAGCGACGGGAAAGGAAAACGAGAAUUACGAUUUGAUAGUUACUGUUGACGAUAUGUUUGGCUCAUUCUAUUCGAAAUCCGCUUAUCGAGUUAUUGGGAUGCUUGGUAGAGGGUCUUUUGGCCAAGUCUUCAGGUGUGUUGAUAUGAACACCAAGCAAUUAGUUGCGCUUAAAAUAUUGAAGAACCAAUUGGUAUACUUAAGGCAAGGGAUGCUCGAAAUCACUGUCCUUACGAUAUUGAACGACUUUUAUAACACUGAGUCCGAAUCAAAUACAGUGAAAAUGUUGGACCACUUUGUACAAGAAGGACAUUUGUGUAUUGUCUUUGAACUUCUGUCACUUAAUUUGUAUGAUGUGCUGAACCAAAAUGGGUUUCAUGGGUUUCCAUACAAUUUCAAUAGAAGUGUUGCAAAGCAACUUUUGCACUCUCUUAAUGUACUCCAUAGAAAUGGUAUUGUACACUGUGACUUGAAGCCUGAAAACAUUUUACUAGUCGACGGAUCGUCUAAAAUUCGGUUGAUUGAUUUUGGGAGUUCGUGCUUUGUAGAGACGCCUUUGUACACAUACAUCCAAUCGCGACACUACCGAUCACCGGAAGUGAUAUUGGGAAUACCAUAUUCAACGGCAAUUGAUAUGUGGAGUCUUGGGUGUGUAGUGGCCGAACUCUUUUUUGGGAUCACCCUCUUUGCGGGGAGUUCCGAGUACAAUCAACUCGUGAAGAUCACUUCGCUACUUGGAGAGAUUGAUAACUCGAUAUUGGAAAAGGGGAGUAAAACGCUUGAAUUUUAUAUGAAAGAGGGAGACACGUAUCGACUUAAAACACAGAGCGAGUACGAGAGAACGAUGAACGUGCAUGUAGCUUAUAAUAAGUCAUAUUACCAAGAGACGAGUCUUGAAGAGAUAGUCAGAAGUUGCUCGGAGGCUGUUGAAAUGGACGAGAACGAAACGACGAAUUUACUCGACUUCUUGCGGCGGGUGUUUGUAUAUGACCCGAGUAAGCGGAUGAGUGCAGUGGAAGCAUUAGAACACCCAUUUAUUGGUGGGAAGAAAGGGAAAGGACGAACGGUAGUAACAUUAAUCAAGCGAGAGAAUGUGAGUGGUUCAAGAAUCGAAGAAAUAUUGUAUGGAGGAGAGAAACCGAAUUGGAACACCGCGGAAGCAUACUACGAAGUCUUUCUGAAAGCACUACAGAAGGGAUUUGUUUUGAAUGUGCUCGACCCAAACCCAUUUGCUUCGCCAAGUAUUUUUGCGUUCUCACGCGAAGUGGCCGGGUUGUCUGAGGACGAACGGAGUGUCAGUCGGAUGGAGUUUGAAAAGAUCCCAUAUAUGGUCCAACGGAAAGUAGAAGUCAAAAGCGAAGAGAAAUCACCGGAAAUUGUUGUUGCAACAGGAACAAAGGGAGUCUACGAUGAAGCAAUUCUGGCGUAUUAUGAAGACGACAAUCCACCUAAGGACUCACCAGGGGUAAGGAACUUUUAUUCACCCGCUGAUUACUACUGA